AGUUAUGGUCAUUAAAAAGUGGAAUGUUAAUUUUUGUUAAAUGUAAAUUUAAAUAAUUAUCACACUUUAACGCUUCAUUAAUAAAAUACUACGAUGACCACAUUAAAAAUUCAACUUCAGUUUGGUGGUGGAGCAGAGUUAUUAUUUGACAAAAUAAAGAAGAGAGAAGUAGAAUUGCCAUCAUUGAAAAAGUAUUUCCCAGAAAGUGAGAACGAGAAAUGGACAAUAAAAGAAUUAUUAGUAUGGAUGAAAGAUAAUUUAUUAAAAGAAAGGCCAGAAUUAUUUGUACAGGGCGAUUCAGUGCGACCAGGUAUCUUAGUAUUAAUAAAUGAUGCGGAUUGGGAGCUAUAUGGAGAAUUAGGUUAUGAAGUUCAAGAAAAUGAUGUUAUUAUGUUUAUAUCAACAUUACAUGGUGGAUAGAUUUAUUUAAUAAAUGUUUUUUAAUUA